AUGGAGGGGCAUGCUGAAAUGGAGAUGCUGAGGACACUGAAGGGGGCCUCCACAGGGGAGGUCAGUGUGCACCUGGUGGCCAGAGACAGCCCAGGUUCCGGUCCUCACCUGCCUGCUACUGCCUUUAUCAUUCCAGCCAGCUCAGCCAGCCUCGGCCUGUCCAGCAGUGCCCUGGAUGUGUCCUGCUUUCCCCGGGAGCCAAUCCACGUGGGCGCUCCGGAGCAGGUGGUUGGCAGCGAACCAGUUACCGCCACGGUUCUGCCGCAGCUCAGCGCUGGGCCAUCGGCCAGCUCCAGCGCCAGCACAGUACGGCUUCUGGAGUGGACAGAGGCCGAGGCCCCGCCCCCUGGGAGUGGCCUGCGGUUCCGGAUAAGCGAGUACACGCCGCUGAACAUGGCGGGAAUGGAGCAGCCCGCGAGCCCGGAGCUGCGGCGCGAAGGCGUGUCAGAAUACGAAGAUGGCGGGGCCCCGUCGGGAGAUGGCGAUGUGGGCACCCAGCAGCCCGAGGACCUCCCCCAGAAUCCUCCAGAAGAUCCCUCUCAGGAUCCCCCAGAGGAUGAUGCCACCUGUCAGUGCCAGGCGUGCGGGCCUCAGCAAGCCGCUGGUCCAGAUCUUGGUUCCUCUAAUGAUGGCUGCCCUCAGCUGUUCCAGGAGCGGUCAGUCAUAGUGGAGAAUUCCUCAGGCUGCGCCAGCACUUCUGAGCUUAAACCCAUGAAGAAGAGGAAGCGCAGAGAGUACCAAAGCCCAUCAGAGGAGGAGUCGGAGCCAGAGGCCAUGGAGAAGCAAGAAGAAGGAAAGGAUCCAGAGGAACCGCCCACUGCUAGCACCCCUGAGAGUGAGGAGUGGAGCAGCAGCCAGCCUGCAACAGGUGAGAAGAAGGACGGCUGGUCAUGGGAGGCCUACCUAGAGGAGCAGAAGGCCAUCACUGCUCCGGUCAGCCUCUUCCAGGACUCCCAGUCAGUCACUCAUCACAAGAAUGGCUUCAAACUGGGCAUGAAGUUGGAAGGCAUUGACCCUCAGCACCCGUCCAUGUACUUCAUCCUCACUGUGGCCGAGGUGUGUGGCUACCGUCUACGUCUACACUUUGAUGGGUAUUCUGAGUGCCAUGACUUCUGGGUCAAUGCCAACUCCCCUGACAUUCACCCUGCUGGCUGGUUCGAGAAGACUGGACAUAAGCUGCAGCCUCCCAAAGGUUACAAGGAGGAGGAGUUCAGCUGGAGCCAGUACCUGCGCAGCACAAGAGCUCAGGCUGCCCCCAAGCACCUGUUUGUGAGCCAGAGCCACAGUCCCCCACCCCUGGGCUUCCAGGUGGGCAUGAAGCUGGAGGCUGUUGACCGCAUGAACCCAUCCCUCGUCUGCGUGGCCAGUGUGACCGACGUGGUGGACAGCCGCUUCCUGGUGCACUUUGACAACUGGGAUGAUACUUACGACUACUGGUGUGAUCCCAGCAGCCCCUACAUUCAUCCAGUGGGCUGGUGCCAGAAGCAAGGGAAACCCCUCACCCCUCCACAAGACUACCCAGACCCUGAUAGCUUCUGUUGGGAGAAAUAUCUGGAAGAAACUGGGGCCUCUGCUGUGCCUGCCUGGGCCUUCAAGGUGCGACCCCCUCACAGCUUCCUGGUCAACAUGAAGCUGGAGGCUGUGGACCGUAGGAGCCCAGCCCUGAUUCGUGUGGCCAGUGUGGAGGAUGUGGAGGAUCAUCGGAUAAAGCUCCACUUUGAUGGCUGGAGUCAUAGCUAUGAUUUCUGGAUCGAUGCUGACCACCCAGACAUCCACCCUGCGGGCUGGUGCUCCAAGACAGGACAUCCCCUGCAGCCUCCUCUCCGACCUAGAGAGCCCAGUUCUGCAUCCCCUGGGGGCUGUCCCCCGCUCAGCUACAGGAAUCUGCCCCACAGUAAGACCUCCAAAUACAGCUUUCACCACCGGAAGUGCCCCACUCCUGGUUGUGAUGGCUCUGGACAUGUCACAGGCAAGUUCACAGCUCACCAUUGCCUCUCGGGCUGCCCGCUGGCUGAGAGGAACCAGAGCCGGGUGAAAGCAGAGUUGUCUGACUCGGAGACCUCAGCCCGCAAGAGGAACCUCUCAGGAUUCUCCCCAAGGAAGAAACCUCGCCAUCAUGGCCGAAUUGGACGCCCUCCGAAGUUUCGGAAGAUUCCUCAGGAAGGUUUCCAGACACUCACCCCCGAUGUUGUGCACCAGUCCCUCUUCAUGUCAGCCUUGUCGGCCCACCCUGACCGCUCACUCUCAGUGUGCUGGGAGCAGCACUGCAAACUCCUGCCGGGAGUGGCAGGCAUCUCGGCCUCAACAGUCGCCAAGUGGACCAUCGAUGAGGUCUUCGGCUUCGUUCAGAACCUGACAGGUUGUGAGGACCAAGCACGCCUCUUCAAAGAUGAGGCGAGACUAGUCAGAAUGACCCACAUCUCUGGGAAAAAUCUGGUAUGGACUAUGGCCCAGCUUGGGUACUUUGUGUGUUCAGAUCAUCUUCAGGAAGGAAAAGACACAGAGACAGCAUUCCAUUCACUGCUCUGCUCUCUGCCCAGUUCUUUGUUUGCCAAACUUAGCUUCCUCGGUGAUAGUCAGGAAAUUAAAAUGUUAUUUUUUUCUUCUAAUCCAAUAUGACUGGUAAUUAAAGUGUAUUUUGAAAGGCGCAGGUAUUGCUAUUUGCUGCAGGGAUCCUAAUACACAAUCAAAACCUCAGAGCCUAGUAAAGAUAAGGAGUAACCUGGGUGUGGUAGCACACAACUGUACUCCUAGCAGUUCUGG